AUUACCAUAUGAUCGAUCAUCUGAAAAGUAAGCGAGUCAAAUGGUCAGCCGCUGCUGCCCCCUACUUUUUAGCGCUCUCAAAAGGACGGCUCGCAACCUAGUUGGCGCUGCCCUUCUCACCACUGCCGCCUCCUCCUCCUCCAAACCCUCCUCCUCCGCCAUGGACGCCGACCUCCAGACUCUCACUACCCGCCUCUGUAUCGUCGGCAGCGGACCCGCCGCCCACACCGCUGCCAUCUACGCCGCCCGGGCCGAGCUCAAGCCCAUCCUCUUCGAAGGCUGGAUGGCCAACGAUAUCGCCCCCGGAGGACAGCUCACCACCACCUCCGACGUCGAGAAUUUCCCCGGCUUUCCCGACGGGAUCGGUGGCCUCGACUUGACUGACAAGUUCCGUGCCCAGUCUCUCCGCUUCGGUACUCAGAUAUUCACGGAGACCGUCUCCAAGGUCGAUUUCUCCUCAUUUCCCUUCAAACUGUUUGCUGAUUCCAAGACUGUCCUUGCCGAUUCCGUCAUUAUCGCCACCGGCGCCGUCGCCAGACGCCUCACCUUUCCCGGUUCGGAUACCUUCUGGAACCGCGGCAUAUCUGCGUGCGCUGUGUGCGACGGCGCCGCUCCCAUAUUUCGAGAUAAGCCGCUUGCCGUGAUAGGCGGCGGGGACUCGGCGAUGGAAGAAGCUACUUUCUUAACAAAGUACGGUUCCAAGGUGUACAUUAUUCAUCGCAGGAAUGAAUUUCGUGCUUCGAAGAUAAUGCAGCACAGAGCGGUCUCGAACCCUAAGAUUGAAGUGCUGUGGAAUUCUGUGGUGGCUGAAGCAUAUGGGGAGCGGAGUUUGGAGGGAUUGAAAGUGAAGGAUGUGAAGAGUGGGAGUGUUUUGGAUCUGAAGGUCUCUGGUCUGUUCUUUGCCAUAGGCCAUGAACCUGCUACCAAGUUUCUUGACGGUCAGUUGGAAUUGGACUCUGAUGGCUAUGUGGUAACUAAGCCUGGCACUACGCAGACCAGCGUCAAGGGUGUUUUUGCAGCUGGAGAUGUCCAGGAUAAGAAAUACAGGCAGGCCAUCACAGCUGCUGGAUCUGGAUGUAUGGCUGCACUGGAUGCAGAACAUUUCCUCCAAGAAAUUGGUUCUCAAGAAGGUAAGAGUGAGUGAGUUACUACCUCCAAAGCUCAUGAAAAUAAGUGUAGUGUUUCUAGAGAUGAUAGUCUCAUUGAGGCAUGACACAUUUCGAAUUUAACAUUGAAAUUAUUUGUGAUUCAUUACUUAAAUUAUACUUUGAUUUGAA